CGAUUUUAAUAGAAACGUAGUUGUAGAAAAUUCACCUCGCGGUAGGCGCCUAUAUGUGCGCUGAGGCAAUUUUCACACAAGUUUUGGACAAGUCUGAAGAUUCUGGUAAUCUGGUCCACGUACGACAUAGGAUCUAACUAAUGUCUAUAAAUCAAUCAUCAAUUUUAGGGAGAUUAAACUCAUCGAUGGAUGUUGAUGUCGCUUGUUUUUUCUUUUCCAGUUGACAUUAUUUUACGGCUACAAUUGUUCUGCCUAGCAAGUAGCAACGCCGUUCAUUUGUCAUUUCUUUCGACGCCAUCGGCCAUUGUCGCACACAUUUUUCUUACAACGGUUCAUCGAAAAUGAUUUUUCCUACUGCAGUUUUGUUAUUUGUGCUUUGGUUGUGGCAAGAAAGUGAAUAUUUCGGUUUAAAAGAAAAUGGUGAUGACCAAUUAAAUAAUUUUAAUAUCGAUGAUGAAUGCAUUUGCUUAUCAAAGCAGUUAGAUACUUUUAACUGCUUAUCUGAACAGUUAGAAACUUCUGACAAAAGCAUUUGUUUUCAAAUUGAGAAUUUACUAAUUAUGUUCAAAAUAAAUAAAUUAGUAAAAAGAUCUUAUAUUAUGGGGCCAGAUUUUUUUCGACGUUUUUUCCCCUCAUCUCAAUCGGAGGAAUUUCCACAUCCUACAUUGAUUCCCUCAAACAUUAAGAAAAAAAACAACUUGUCAAACCGGAUUCGGAGAAACUCUCAAAAUUCAACAACAAUCAAGACAAAUUCAUUAAACUACACCAUUCAUAACAAUUCUUUUUCAUCGACCACUCCUUUGAGUCUUCUUGUGAAUCAAACAUCAAAGACAACAAAACAAAAUCAUACAUCAGAAAAAUAUGAUAAUGAUACUAUGAGCGUGACAACACCAUCUAUUAUUGGAAAGAAUAUUGUAAAUGUGGCCAACUUAACUUCCUUGACCAAUAAUUCCUUAUCAGGGAUGGCCGAAUUCAACAGUCCAGCUGAAAAAGAAGAAGAAAGGAAAGAAAAUAGCAGAGGCAUUGAUGUUUGGAUUAUAGGUUCAGUUUUGUUCUUUGGUAAGUUAUUUAUAAUAAAUAAUGACAUUUUUUUCUUUAUGCUGGCUACUGCUUACUAUUACAUGAGUAACAUUGGUUCACAACUCAGACGUGGGAGUUAUGGAGUUCGUUCGAUGUUUCCCAACAACAAUACCGAGUCUGCUGUCUGAUUUUUCUAGUUAAAAAAUAUUUGGAGUUUAGAGCUGGAAAAGAUUUUCCAGUUAAAAAAAAACUCUGUACUUUUCCAGCCUUAAACUCCAAAAACUUUUUAUUAUUAAUUCUAUACUUAAUUAUUUUUUCAAUCAUAAGAACAUAUGUUCGGAACAUAAUGUUACCCCUCAAAACAAUUCUAAGACUUAUGGAAAAGAAAUUCUAUAAA